AUGAACCAAAUCGUAUUCAGUCAUCAAACUUACUACAAUUACCACUGUGAACUGAAAAAAAAAGGUAACAUCCAAGCAACUUUCCUGAAUAGAACGGGAACAGAAGAACCGAAAUCGACACAAGAAUUUGCUCGUGAUGUUGCUCAGGCUACUUAUGAACGAGAUUUCAACUCCAAUGCUUGGAAAUGGGCACAGAUGUUUAUUGAACACCACGGUCUCGUAACGGAUGGCAAAUUCGAAAACGUCAACUCCCUCCAAGAGGUAAAAUCAGCAAAGGUCCUUCCAUUUGUUGCUUGCAUAUUGAAAGAGUGCAAGCCAAAUGGGUUGGGAGAUAUGCAAUUGACUGUUAAGGACCCAACUGCCACGAUGAAGGCUUCCUUGCACAAGAAAGUUCUUGAAGAUCCUCAAAUUGCAGACAAUAUCGGAGUUGGUUCUGUUAUGCUACUCAAUCUUGUCCACCCCUUCGCUACAUGUCCGCAAAACUACUACCUCAAUAUUACGCAUCGCUCUAUAGUCAAGGUUUUUCCAGCUAAUGUUUGUCCUCCGACAAUUGACCUCGUUAACGAGACCCCAAAACCUGUCAUUUGA